GGGUGUAACUAUAAAAUUAAAUUUGUAAAUGAAAAAUAAUGUCGAUUCCCGUUGAAAGCACUAGUCUGGAAGGCAGUCAAGGCACUGAGUCUAGCUCUCCUGGCUUUGGGGGUCUGAAGGCUGAGACUGACCUUAAAGUUUUGAAUAAGAAAUUGGGGAAAGCUGCUGAAGAAGGGGACAUUAAUAGUGUUCAGUCAUUAUUAUCACAAGGAGCUAAUGUAAAUAAUCAGGAUAAUUGGAAUGAAAGCACUCCUCUUCAUUAUGCAGCAUCAAGAGGACAUAAUGAAGUUGUAUCAGUUUUAUUGUCUAAUGGUGCUGAUCCAAACAUUGAAGAUAGGGAUGAAGACACUCCUCUUCAUGAUGCAGCAUUUAGAGGACAUAAUGAAGUUGCAUCAGUUUUAUUGUCUAAUGGUGCUGAUCCAAACACUAAAAAUAAAGUAAGUUAUACUGAUAAUCACUAAUACAAAAAGUAGAAACAACCUCAAAAAUUGUAUUGCUUUCUAGGGUAGCAAAUUUAGUGAUUAAAACAAGCCGUAAAGUAGUAAUUUUAUUUCUCCUUGCUACAUCCACUAAAUACAUGUACAUGUACAUGUAGUAAUUAGAGGCAAAGGGCCAGCAUUAAAGGUUCCAGGAAACUUCUCUA